AAGACUGUUUCACCCCCGCUCCGCCGUGCAACCGCUUUCACACCCUGAGUGGCGAGUGCGUUGGUUGGAGACUGAAGAGCCAAACUGCACACGGAAACAGUGCAUAGCGCACCGAAUUCGGAUCCCAGUGUAUCCUAUGUAGCUAACGCAGUUCAAAUAUAUCACUGUGUAGAAUAUAAUCAGUACAUUUCUGGGGGAACACUUUACUCUUUAUAAACGAAUUGGACUGUUGUUAUAACGAUCUUCUGGAUAAAGACUAUAACUACUGGGUAUUGCACUGACUGGCGGCCAGUGCAUUUCCCCCCAUCCUCAAGAUGCAUAUGAAUAGCUUAUUAAAUCAAUGGACAGACAUCACUCCCCACUCCAGGAUGUGUGACUGUGACGUGGAUGUGUCCUCAGAGCCCACCAGCCCCAGGCUCUAUGGUGAGUCCUCUGACAAAUACUACCAUGUGGACCGCUGGCAGAAGCUCCGCACCGCCGUCCGCAAGCUGGAGUUCUGGGAGAACUUCACCGCCGAGCUCAUCGGGAGCGGCUUCUUCUCCAAAGUCUACAAGGUGAUUCAUAGUACGAGCCAUAAGGUGAUGGUGGUGAAGAUCUAUAAGAAUGAUGUGGACCAGGAUAGCAUCGUGCGUGAGAUCAGCCUACUGCAGAAACUCUCCCAUCCCAACAUAGUCAGGUAUUUGGGGAUAUGUGUGAAGGAAGAUAAACUCUACCCUAUUUUAGAGUAUGUUAGUGGAGGAUGUCUGGAGGAACUGUUGGCCAGGAAGGAUGUGUCUCUGUGCUGGAGGGAGAAGGUGGACCUGGCCUGUGACAUCACCAGAGGAAUGAUCUACCUGCAUUACAAGAACAUCUACCACAGGGACCUCAACUCAAAGAACUGUCUGAUCCGUGUGACGGCGCGGGGCAGGGAGGCCCUAGUCACAGACUUUGGCCUGGCCAGAGAGGUGGUGGAGCUGCCGGUUAAAGACCCGGAGAGGAAGCUCUCCCUGGUGGGAUCUGCCUUCUGGAUGGCCCCGGAGAUGCUGCGUGGGGAACCCUACGAUCGCAAGGUGGAUGUAUUUUCCUUUGGAAUUAUGCUCUGUGAAAUACUGGCAAGGAUCCCUGCAGACCCAGAGAUUCUACCAAGAACCCAGGACUAUGGCCUGGAUGUGAGUGCAUUUAGGGAGCUGGUGGGUGGGUGUCCUCAGCGGGUGUUGGAGCUGGCAGCCAGCUGCUGUCUGAUGGAGUCCUUCAGGAGACCAGCAUUCACAGAGCUGCUGGAUGAACUGGGGGAGAUUGCUGAGACUCUGGAACCGCCCCCUAACUCAGAGCUGACUACUGGGUGAGCUGCCUAGGUUGGCCGAAGCCCCACCCACCCAUCUAUCCUGAGGAGGACUGGAGGAUUUGGGAUUUGUAUAUGGGCUCAAUCCCAAAUGGCACAUUAUUCCUUAUAUAGUGUACUAUGUUUUACCAGAGCCUUGUGCUCUGGUCAAAAGUAGUGCACUAUAUAGGGACUAGGGUACCAUUUGGGAAGCAACAAUAGACAGUUGCACAGGGGCAGGGGCACAACACUUCACCAGGAUGACCUCUCUACAGGGGCUGACCUCUCUGUUUGUGCCUGCCUACACUGCACCUAAACUGCACCUACAGAUGUGUCGGGGGUAGCUCCACAGUUUUCAAGUGAGACCCUGGUGGAAUAAUGGAUGGAAUAGACAGUAUGUAUCUUGAAGAGAGGGUUUCUUUGGAAGGUUUCUUUGGAAGCUUUAUUUGACCAGUUCACACACUUUUUGUACAGGUGAUAGAAGUUGGGCAUAAUUUUUCUUAACUUACAUCUUCUUAAUCUUAAUCUCAUAAACUGCUUUUUUGUUUAAAUUUGUUGAUGUUGUUGUUAAUGUUUAUGACAGUGUUUCGUGAUGUAACUGAUGAUGAUGAUGAGGAUAAACAUGAUGAUGAGGAGGAUGGUGAUGGAGGAUGAUGGUGAUGGAGGAUGAUGGUGAUAGUGUUGGAGGAAGAUGGUGAUAGUGAUGGAGGAUGAUGGUGAUGGAGGAUGAUGGUGAUAGUGUUGGAGGAAGAUGGUGAUAGUGAUGGAGGAUGAUGGUGA